CUUCACUUGAUCUUUUCUCUCGUCAAUCCCUAACCAUUAUCUUCCCUCAUCUCUCCCCGUUCCCCCCUUCCUCUGUCCGCUGCGAUGACCGUCAAUUUCAUGCAGGGUUUACUUGCCCUGCUCAUGCAGACACUUUCGAACGACACCGCACAACUGAAAGCUGCGACUGCUCAGCUGAAACAAGGGUAUUACAAGAAUCCUGAGUGUAUUCCUGCGCUCGCGAAUAUCAUCGCCAAUUCGGAGGAACAAGCUAUCCGCCAACUUGCGGCCGUGGAGUUAAGAAAACGCAUCGAUUACGAUAGCGGCAAGAUGUGGAUGCUCGUUUCCCAGACAGAGCGUGAACAGCUGAAGGCCAGCUUCCCAGAGCUCAUUUUAAAAGAACAGAGUACCCUUGUCAGGCAUUCUGCCGCGCGCGUCUUAGCCGCCAUCUCAUCAAUUGAAGUCCCUGCAGGUAACUGGCCGCAGCUUCUGCCCAUUCUCCACCAGGCCUGCACCUCUCCUGUGGCUUCUCACCGCGAAGUCGGCACAUUCAUGCUAUAUUCCGUGCUCGAGAACAUCUGCGAAGGUUUCCAAACUCACCUUGUAGAGCUCUUCAAGCUUUUUGGGCGAACCAUAAAUGACCUGGAAUCUAUCGAAGUUCGCAUCACCACAGUCAGGGCACUGGGUGUUAUCGCCCAGUACAUCGAUGCUGAUGACAAGCAGGAGCUCGCCAUGUAUCAGGCUCUCCUUCCCUCCAUAAUCCAAGUCAUCGGCCAGACAGUCGAGACUGGCAAUGACGGCGGAGCCCGUCAUCUCUUCGAUGUUCUGGAGACCCUUCUCAUCCUUGAGGUUCCCAUCCUUAGCAAAAACAUACCCGACCUUGUCAAUUUCCUUCUCCAAUGUGGAGGCAAUCGCAACUUCGAAGCUGACCUGAGAGUUCUAGCUCUUAACGCAUUGAACUGGACUGUCCAGUACAAGAAAUCAAAGGUCCAGAGCGCGGGUCUCGCUCCUGUAAUGCUGGAGCAUCUCAUGCCUAUUACGACUGAGGAAGAGCCUGAGGAUGUAGACGACGAGGCGCCUUCUCGGUCCGCUCUUCGGAUUAUCGAUGGGCUUUCUUCCAACUUGCCACCCACCCAAGUCUUCCCAUUCCUGCGAAACCUCAUUGUGCAAUAUUUCUCCUCGGCCGACGCUGCUCAGAGGCGAGGUGCCAUGUUGGCUCUCGGCGUUGCCGUUGAGGGUUGCAGUGAAUUCAUGGGAGCUCAGAUGGGUCAAGUCUGGCCCAUGAUCGAAGUGGGUUUGCAAGAUAACGAUGCUGGUGUUAGGAAAGCCACCUGUGCGGCUGUCAGUUGCCUCUGUGAAUGGCUUGAGGACGAGUGUGUUGCGAAGCACGCCAUGCUCGUUCCCGCUAUAAUGAACCUCAUCAAUGACGAGCCCACCCAGCGUUCAGCCUGCGGAGCUCUUGACACUCUUCUUGAGAUCUUACACGAUGUUAUCGAUCAAUAUCUUCACCUUAUCAUGGAACGUCUUGCUGGUCUCCUGGAGACAGCGCCUCUUCCCGUUAAAGCCGUCGUCACUGGUGCCAUCGGAAGUGCAGCUCAUGCAUCCAGGGAACGUUUCCUCCCCUACUUCGAGCACACUAUGUCACGCCUGCAACACUUCCUUGUUCUCACCGGCGAGGGAGAGGAGACCGAACUUCGAGGCAUCACAAUGGAUGCUAUUGGAACGUUUGCCGAAGCUGUUGGCAAAGAUCGUUUCCGGCCUUACUUCCCUGAUAUGAUGAAGCAAGCCUUCCAAGGAAUUGAGAUGGAGAGUGCUCGCUUAAGAGAAUGCAGCUUUUUAUUCUUUGGUGUUAUGGCGAGAGUAUUCGGCGAAGAAUUUGCCCCUUAUCUACCUAACGUUGUUCCUCCCUUGCUGCAGAGUUGCAAACAGGACGAAGGUGGAACAGAGUUUUCUGUAUCUGACGCUGUUGCGGCGUUUGACUCUGGUUCUUCUCCUUCCAAUGCCAUCACAAUCUCUGAUGACGAUGGUCAUGGUGCAGAUGGUGUUGAGUUGGAUAAUCUCGAUCUCAAUAAGAUGAUGGACGUCAACAGUGCUAUUGCUGUUGAGAAAGAGAUUGCCGCCGACACUAUUGGCACUCUUUUCGCUUCCACCAAGCAUCAUUUCUUCCCUUACGUUGAGCCCUGCUCCUUGGAACUCACUGAACUCCUCAACCACUACUAUGAGGGCAUCAGGAAGAGCGCGAUGGACUCCUUGCUUGAGAUCGUUAGGACCUUCUAUGAUUUGAGCGAUCACCAAGAUUGGGUUGCCGGCAAAGUUGUGCAAGUGCCUGUUCAGAGCACCGUGCGGGACCUCAUUAACCACGUCGUCCCCCAUUUAUUGGACAUGUACCAGACCGAAGAUAACAAGUCUGUUGUAUCUUCGCUAUGUGUUGGCUUCGCAGAAACUUUGAACAAGAUUGGUCCCGCGUUUGUCGAUGGCUACCUCGAUCGCGUUUCCGAGAUCGCUGUUCAAAUUCUUGGGCAAAAGGCGUUCUGUCAACAGGAUCCUGACCAGGAUGAAAGUGAAGAAGCCCCCGAAGAUCAGGCUGAGUAUGAUUCUGUCUUGAUUUCUUCUGCAGGAGACCUUGUGUCCGCUUUGGCUAAUGUCUUGGGUGCUGAUUUUGCUCCUGCUUUCGGCACAUAUUUCCCUCUCAUCUCCAAAUUCUACAAAAAAGGCCGUUCGCUUAGCGAUCGCUCAUCUGCAAUUGGUUGCUUGGCCGAAAUUAUUGCGGGCAUGAAAGAGUCAGUUACGCCGUCCUCAGAACCCCUUCUUGAACUCUUCUACCGCGCUUUAAGCGACGAAGAGCCCGAAGUUCUUAGUAAUGCAGCAUUUGGUAUUGGAUUGCUUGUCGAACAUUCUCAGAUGGACUUGUCACCACAAUAUCUUCAUGUCCUCGCUGCCCUUCAACCUCUCUUCGUCGUCCUUCCUGACAGUCCGGCAGCCCGCCUUAAUGCCAAGGAUAACGCGGCUGGCGCUGUUGCGCGUCUCAUCGUGCGCAAUACCACUGCUCUCCCCUUGGACCAAGUUCUUCCCGUAUGGCUCAAUGCGCUGCCACUGAAGAACGACUUCCUUGAGAACCGCCCUGUGUUCCGCGCCAUCUUCCACCUCUUCCGGACCAACUCCAGUGUCCUCCUACCUCACCUUGAUAGCCUCUUACAGGAAUUCGCUGUUGUCCUUGACCCAAGUCAGCCUGACCAGGUUGGGGAUGAGGUCCGGGCAGAGCUGAUUCAACUCAUAGCUAUGUUAAACCAGGAGGACCCGGCGAAGAUACAAGCAGCGGGGUUAGCUGUUUUUGUACCAGGUGCUUGAGAUGAUUCUAAUUUCAUAUCACGUUAUAUUCCUUGAUGACAUUUACUAGUUACGGAUCCAUUUGCAUACGACGCAUGUUUUUCUUGUUUUCUUUCAUCGUUUCUUAGAGUAGCAUGUUAUAUUUUGGUUACUAAUGUUAAGUUCUUCGGUGACCUAGGUACCACUGCAUGACGAAAGCGUUGGAAACGGACGCGUUGUUGGUGCGUGUUGAUCAGUGUGUUCCUCCCGACUUUCAAGGAUAAGGAGGACCACGGGGUUCAACCUGGGUGGGUGGGAUCGUGGGCAUUGGAUUAUUGAACAAGAAUG